AUGGAUUAUCUACGCGUUUCUGUUGUCACCAUUUUGUGGGCACUGCUUGUGCUUGGUGGCAGUGGUACCGAGUUCGAGAAAGUGUUCGAAUGGAAACAGAUGUCCUACAGUGAUCUUCCAGAUCUUAACAAAGGUAAUGGGGCAAUUUUGUUUCCGCGAGUGUUAGGAGAUGCCGAGAACGAAACGUUCCACGCGUACGAUAACAUUCCAAUGGGUGCAAGUCAUCACAAAAAUCGGUUGUUCAUCACGAUACCACGCCGAAGACCGGGUGUUCCGGCAACGCUUAAUGUGAUCGAUCUGUCCAAGGUGACGCGUGGCGAUCGUAGCCCACCGUUGAAAGCUUAUCCCACCUAUCCUAUCAAUGAGCUACAGCCACAAUAUGCGCCUGACUUGAGACGGUUAGUUUCGGUGUAUCGCACCAGAGUAGAUGCCUGCGAACGGUUGUGGUUUGUCGAUACGGGCAUGCUGGAGUAUCCGGAUAAUCGACAACAGAUACAGCGUCCCCAGGUCUGGAUCAUUGAUUUGAAGCGUGAUCAGCUAGUACAACGGUACACAAUUCCCGAAUCGAUCGUACGGGAAGGAGUCGGAAUGGCCAGCAUCACCGUGGACGUAGAGCCAACCGACUGUGAGGGAGCGUACGCGUACAUACCGGAUCUCACUGCAAACGCCAUCCACGUGUACAGUCUGCGUGAUAAUGACAUGUGGUCGUUUAACCAUUCAUCCUUUGCGUACGAUCGAAAUCGGGCCACAUUUAAUGUGGCUGGCCAACGAUUCGAAUGGGACGAUGGUGUGUUUUCUAUAACGAUCGGACAGAACGACACGAUAGCGAGAUCGAAACUAGUCUACUACCAUCCGAUGGUUAGCACGACCGAGUUUGGGACGUUUACCAGCAUUCUACAGAACAAGCUAAUCGCACAGUCUGGGUUCUACGACGGUUUGUUCGAGGCGUUGGGCGAACGCGGUGCAAACACACAAUCUACCAUGCAUCAUUACGAUCCACGUACCGGUGUAAUGUUUUAUGCCGAGGUGAACAGAAACUCGAUCGGAUGCUGGAACACAAAUCAUAUAUUCGAUGCCGGUAAUCACGCGGUGGUACAUCUGGACAACCGGGAGCUCAUCUAUCCGACCGACUUGACGAGUGACUCCGACGGUAUGCUUUGGGUGUUGACAAACAACCUACCGACAUGGAUCUAUUCGCGGUUGAAUGAGAGUGACUACAAUUUUCGCCUGUGGCGACAAGAUCCAACGGUCGCUAUUCGUGGCACAAAGUGUGAUAAUGCUCUUUAGACAAUUUUUGUUGUGGUGAUGUCUAAUCUCACUAUUAGUUCUUGUUUUUAUUCCAUGUUUACUUACGGUGCCCUCUAGGACUAUUUUGCUACUUGAAACCAUGAAGUAAGAUAGAGAAAUAAAAAGGAGCAAUAAAUAGUAACUUCCUUUGCAUUUUGAGUAAA